AUGCAACUACACUUGACUAUUUAGAGAAAAGUUUACAGCAUCUAAUUUAUAUUAGUUUAGAAAAUAUUCUAACAAAUCUUCAUAAUAGAGUUGAGGCCAAAGCACUUGUUAGUAUCAUAUCAGUAUUAUAG